AUGAGCGAGGAUCCCAUCACCACCGGCGCAUCAUCUGUCGCGCCAUUCACCGCGGUCUCGACGUCGAGUCGCGCCAGUCCGUUUGCUCCAUCGAACGGUCCGCCGAAGAAUGCGAUGGCUGCCUCGUCGUUCAUGUCGCAGUCGCAGCCUUUCAGGCCAAACGUCACGUCGCAGUCGGCUUUUGCGUUGUCACUCGCUGUACACCCCUUCGAUCGCGAUGCGACAAAACCAGUCGGAACCCCCUUCUCAGCGACAAACUCCUCCUACAUGUCCUCCGUACUUAUUCGACGGCUGCCCAUGAACACCUCGGAAGAACAGCUCAGGAUCAUGACCCUCUUCUCUAAGGAACGAGUUGACGUCGAGCUACUACCGCCGGAGCAGUCGGAUGAUGUGGGCUUCAGGUCUGCGAUUCUCAGGUUUGAGUCUCCGGCCGGCGCGCAAGAGGCGAAAAGCAUUCUGGAUGGCAAGUCGAAUAUCUCGAAUGAUGCCAAGAUGAUCGUUGAGAUCAUCGGCGGUAGCAGCCCAAUCUCGGGCAGGCGGUAUCUCGGUGAUGCUGGUCUCUCGAACGGUAUCAAUGGAGCUUCCACCGCGACUUCUUCAGCAGCAUCGUCGGCCACUUCGUCGCGACAAACAUCGCGCUUUGGUGCCUCUUUCCAGUCACCUCUGGAAAAGAUCUCGCCGCCCAUGAACGCGGUGUAUGGAGUUAGCUCGGACCUCGCCAAUUCUGAACCCAGUAGCAACUACCAGAGCAUCUUUUCGCCGCAGUCUCCGAUCGGCAACCACCUGGCCGAUCGCACUCGCAUCUCGGGCAAGUCGCUCAUCAACAACGACGCGGCCGAUGACGAUGAGACGGGUGAGCUUCUGAAGGAUCCAGUUGCGUAUGCCGAGAAUGGCGCACUGUCUGCUCAACAGCGCCGCGCCACCGCGCCACAGAUUCCUAUCACUUCUCGUCUUGCCGGACUCUCGCUCAAUACAAAUGCCAACAUGGGACCAUCCUCAGUGCCCCCUUACGCGCAUCACGGGCUGGCGUCUCUAUCGGCACAUCCGAACACCAUGUCUCCCACAGGAAUGAACGGAUCCGGACCCUCGCUGAAUUACCAGAUGGGCAACCAGCAUUACCGCGCUCAUAACUUCCCGCCUGUCAACCCGGCAGACCAAAAUCCUCCCUGCAACACCCUCUACGUGGGCAAUCUGCCGGUCGACACCUCCGAGGAAGAACUGAAGGCUAUGUUCUCCAAGCAGCGCGGCUACAAGCGACUGUGUUUCCGCACCAAGCAAAAUGGCCCAAUGUGUUUCGUCGAAUUUGAGGAUGUGUCGUUCGCCACCAAGGCUCUUCAUGAGCUGUACGGCCACAUGCUUCACAACAGUGUCAAGGGUGGCAUCCGUCUGAGCUUCUCGAAAAAUCCCUUGGGCGUCAGGUCUGGCCAAGCACCCGGCCAGAAUAGUGCCAAUUCCAUGGGAAACAUGAACGGAAUGAUGGCCAAUGCGGGAGCUGGCUUCACAUCGGCAAACGGACCCCCGCCGGGCCUCAGCGCGCCUCCAGGCCUUGCGUCCAACGCGAGGAUGGCUUUCAACAAUGCGCCUGUCACGAAUAACGGUUCUUUCUCAGCGUCCCCCUUCUCUACCACUUCUAGCAAUGGCUGGGGAACUCCAGUGUACCACCCCUCCAUGACAAGCUCUGGACCCGGGUCUGUCGCAUCAGGCAACAACUCCGGGUUUCCUCCCUUCAUGAUGGGUAAAUAA